AUGCCCAGGAACGUAAAAUGAUUAUCCUUCUGCAUACGUUACUUGCAGUCACUGCAAUUUUAAAUGUCAAUCGGUCAUUUGCAAUGUGACGUUGUCUGGUCCAUAUGGUCACUUAUUCUCCCCCCAAAAUGACUCCAUUUGCAUGCCUUUCCCACAAACGGAAACCAACACAUGUGCGCCCAUAGAAAGGAGUGCUAACCUGCACUGUUUAGGCCCAACAAGUUCACCCCAUAGAUACAUUUACAUCCUCUCAACGCUGUUACAAAAAAAAAAAAAAACAGAAUGGAAACCCUGCUAGACAGCGAAACGUUAAAGAACUACGAAAAGGAAACGAACGAAUACAUUCGAAAAAAAAAAGUGGAGAAACUGUUCGAUGUUAUUUUAAAAAAUGUCCUGGUAAAUAAACCGGAAAAUGUGUACUUGUAUAUAUACAAGAACAUUUAUUCCUUCCUUUUGAACAAAAUUUUUGUGAUCGGCCCUCCUUUGCUGAAAAUUACUCCUACCUUAUGUUCUGCGAUUGCCAGCUGCUUUAGCUACUACCACCUCAGUGCCUCGCACAUGAUCGAGUCUUACACGUUUGGUGAAGUAGCUGACGCUGCAGAGAGUUCUACAAGCAAAAAGUUAGUAAGUGACGACUUAAUCUGCUCCAUCGUUAAAAGCAAUAUAAAUCAGCUGAACGCGAAGCAAAAGCGGGGGUAUGUGGUUGAAGGGUUCCCCAGCACCAAUCUUCAGGCAGACAGUUGUCUACGGCAUUUGCCGUCCUACGUUUUUGUCCUCUACGCCGACGAAGAGUACAUAUAUGAGAAGUACGAACAAGAGAACAACGUAAAAAUUUCUUCUGACAUGAACAGCCAAACCUAUGAUGAAAAUACACAGUUGUUCGAAGUGGCCGAGUUCAACACGAAUCCGCUGAAGGAUGAGGUAAAGGUCUACUUAAGGAACAUUUCAGGGGUGAUGACCGUUCUCGGCGACCGUAAGGAGGUGCUAAACUUGCGCGAAUACGACGAAAAUGGAUUAAUCGAGCACGUAAUGAAUACGAUUGGCCAGACCAAGGAUGAGUGGAACUGUGUGUUUGACGAUUAUGCAGUGGAUUGA